AUGACACGUUUAUCGAAAUGUAUUAGGAAGUCGGGUAUUUCUAACCGAAUGCGAGGGUAUCGAGGAUCAACACCCAUAACUAGGUCGUCUGCACUACGGGUCGCUAUUAGUGCUCCCCACGCUUCAUACCGCCGUCGUUCCUUCCGCUUCCUCCCUCCGCCUCCGCCCUCCCGCAUCCUCGUUCCGCUUCCGCAUUCCGCCAUGAGCCUCUCCGCCGCGGCCUCGACCCUGCGGCGGGAGCUGCAGCAGCAGCGCGCGAGGCAGCUGUACCGCCGAUCGCUCAAGAACGCGCUCAGCUGGGCGAUCUUUCGCGACAUCUUCUACGACGAGGCCGACAAGAUCCGCGCGCAGUUUGAGGCGAACCGGCAGGAGAGCGAUCCGGAUCGGAUCGACCGUCUGCUGGCAGCGGGAGAGGCGAAGCUCAAGGAGAACCAGCACCCCGACCCGUACCUCGUGCCAUGGGUGUAUGGCGGAUCCAAGUACGCUCGCAACCCUCCCUUCCCCCAAGAGAUUAGCAUUGUGCAUGGGCGGGCGUGGGGGCAUGGGUCGAGUAAGAAGCGGGUGGGGGCGAGAGGGGUGGAGAGGGAGGUGAGGGUGCCUGUGGGGACUGCGGUGUAUUUGCUGGAAGGGGAAGUUCCCCUGGAGGGUAUUGGAGAUGAAUCUGGUAGUGCCGAUGAUGGUGCCAGUGCUGCUGUUGCUGUCGCUGGUUCUGAAACAGAAGAAACAGUUGCUUCGUCGGGUAGCUGCAGUGUGCCUGCGUCUCCCCCCUGGUGGGCUGCUCUGUUCGAGGCCUCCAAGGAAGAGCAGCAGGAGGAGCGGAUGGGGGAACACGUGGAGGGGGAAGGGGAGGGGGAGGGGGAGGUGAGGAGAAGGGGGGGCGAAGAGCCGUCCUGGCAGCAGCUGCUGCAGCAGUGGGGUCAGGAGAGAUACGGGAAGAGGCGAGCAGUUGCUGAUGAGGGAAAUUUGGGGAGUGAGGGGGGUGAGGGGAAUGAGGGGGAUGAGGGGAGUGAGGGGAGUGUGGAUGACAAUGGGUCACAUUUCUGUGGGAUGGCACAGAAAAGGGCGCGGGAGAGAGGAUUGCUGGUGGCAGAUCUAGUGGCUGAAGGGCAGAGCGUGACAGUGGCGCAUGGUGGGAGGGGCGGCAGGGGGAAUGCCUCCAUGGGUCGAGUGAAACCGUGGGAGAUGGAAGAGGAUGGUUUGGUACAGGGCGGAAAGGGGACACGAGCACUAGCAGCAGGGGCAGGUGCAGCAGGGGCAGGUGCAGCAGCAGCAGGAGCAGCAGAAUCUGGCUUAGGGCACGAAAAGGGUAGCCCAGGGAGCAGGGCGGUGGUUGCUCUAGAGCUCAAGACAGUGGCUGAUGUGGGGCUGGUGGGCCUGCCGAAUGCGGGUAAGAGCAGCCUCCUGCGCGCGCUCUCUCGCGCCAAGCCUAGAGUGGGCUGGCACCCCUUCACCACCCUGCACCCGCAGCUGGGUACCGUUAGGUAUGGGGAGGGGGAUGAGAGAGUACGGUUGGAGGGAGAGGGAGUUUCAGGAGGGGCGGAUGUGUGGCGAGAGGAGAGAGCGUGGGGGGGAGAGGGGGAGGAGAAGAAGGAGGGAGUUGAGGGUGCAUUGGGGGCCGAGGACGGGGGAUUUGCAGGAGGGAGUGCAGGGAGGGGGUUGGAAGCGGUUCCUGGGGGUGAGAUGGGGUUUACAGUGGCGGAUAUCCCAGGGCUGAUAGGCGGUGCACACAGGGACAGGGGGCUGGGACUGUCCUUUCUAAGGCAUGUAGAGCGCACCAAAGUGAUUGUCUACGUCCUCGAUAUGAGAAGCUCCAGUACUAGUACUGUUGCAGGUGACCCUGUUGCGAGCGAGCCAGGCGCAACCGAACCUAGUGCAACCGAACUUAGCACAGCUGAACCUAGUGCUACCGAACUUAGUUCAGUGUCAGCAGGGGCCCUCCCCCCCUGGCAGCAGCUGCAGGUGCUGGUGAGCGAGCUGGAGCGGUACCAGGCAGGGCUGUCUCUGCGCCCUGCUCUCAUUGCUGCUAACAAGAUGGACGAGGAGGCAUCGGAAGCCAACCUACAGGAGCUGCUCAGGCGCUUGAGAGGUGGAUGUGCUGUUAGUGCUGCUGGUAGUGGUAGCACAGCUGGCAGUGGUGCUGGUUCUUCGGUGACUGGUAGUGAUGAUUUCGGCGCUGUUGGUUUUGGCAGUGGUAGUGACGGUAGUGGUAUGGCGGGGGAGCAAAUGGUGUUGCCGCUGCCAGUGCCGGUGGUGCGGCUGUGCGCUGUGCUGGGUGAGGGGGUGCCUGAGCUAAAGAGGGCUCUAAGGGGCUUGGUGGCGGGGGUGGGGGGGUGGGGCGGGGGUGGCGCAAGUGGCGCAGGCGCGGGGGCUGGCGGGGGUGGCGGAAGCAGCUCACAAUCGCUUGGCGCGCAGCCGUCGCUGCUAAGCAAUGGCGCGGCGCCGGGGGGGAGCUUUGAGGCGGAGAGAUUAAGGACGUACCGCCAGUGGUUCCAUGAGCUGGACGCGCAGCGCAGCGAGUUAAUCUCCUCCGGCACCAAAGGCCCGGUUCUUAAGCUAUUGGAGUGCGAGAUCCGCUGUCUGGAGGAGCUGGUGAUGCUGGGCACCAAGCUCGGCGCGCUGUGCUGCUCGCCCAUAGGCGCGGACGCCACCAGACUCUCCGCCCCGGCUGCCACUGCCAUACCCGGCAAGCCCCGCCUAGGUGGUGGGGUGGACUCCUGGCCGUCGGAUGAUCCCCUAUCUCCAGUGGACGGCCUAGAUCUCUCGCUGGUCACUGACAUGCUGCUCCUCUCUGCCACGUCACCAUGGACCGUCUACGUGGCAGAUAGGACAAAUUGGCGCCUGUGCUACGUCUCCCCGAGUGUGCGCGCCACUCUCGGCUGGAGGCAAGCUGAACUAGUAGGGGAGCACGCCUUUGCAGCGUGCCAUGCAGACGACCUCCCCCGAAUCCAGCGCAUGAUGGACUAUCGCCGCUUGACAGAGGAUCGCCGCUUGCUAGACGACCGCCGCUCCCCGCCCCUCUCCCUCACCCCGCCCACCGCGUCGGCUGCUGCUCGUCUCUUCCGGUCGGGGUCGGCGGGGAGUCCCAGAGGGGUGGGCGUGGGGGACUCGCUGGGUAGCAGCCCGGGCGGCAGUGCGGGCGGCGGGUGCGUCUUUUACCGGCGGUUGAGGCGGAACAGGAGCUACGCGACGGUGCAGGCCACUGGCAGGGCUCUGGGCGCGAGGUGGUUUGCAUGGAUCGAGUUUGUCACUGAUGAUUCUUCUGCCCCUCUGUCACUUGACAACUGGUCAUCGGAUCUCACCAUGUCCCCCUCCACGCUGCUCUCCCCCAUGGAGUCCCCCUCUAGCCCGCACACCAUCUCCGCCUCCCUCAAGCGCCGCCCGGCCGGCAUGGGGGGCGGCAUGGGGGCGGCAUGGGCGGCAUGGGGGGCAUGGGCGGCAUGGGCGGCGGCAUGGGGGGCGGCAUGGGCGGAGGCAUGGGGGGCAGCAGCCUGA